CUCACCGGAUAAAGUAUUUUUGUACUCUCUUUCGGGAAGAGUUAUGUUUAUAUGUCGCUUACCGAAUGAAACUCGAUAGACAAUGAAACUUAAUUUGUCAAACACUUACAACGUGGAAUUGCUGAAGUCUUUUAAGACUCAAGAAAGAUUCAAUGUUCUCAGAGUAUCUACAUUAUUUAGUCAAACCGGUUUGAAAAUCAUUGUUGGAGGUGAAGAUGGAAUUAUACGGAUAUAUGAGUUAUCAUCUGUGGAUAAUAAACCAAAGAUAAUUCUGGAAACAAAAAGUGGUCCCAUACAGAGCAUGGUUGUUCAUGACGUGACUAAGUUCUAUGAUCAAGACUUAAUAGUUGCCGAUUCUUUGGGCAUGUUAACUAUCUUCUGCAACCAACAAAUUCUCAGCCGUCAGAAACUAUCCAACGGUGCUAUCAGUCAUUUACAGAUAAGGACCGAUCAAACCGGUGAUUUAGCCAUUGUGACAAGUGAUGAGUUUGGUAUUGUCUGUGCCAGUAAAGUUUCAGAGGAACUAUGGAAGAUAAACCUUAAUAACAAAUGCACAAAGGAACUGAAGGGUGAGAUAAUUGUGAAAAGCCUCUUGUCUGUGGACUUCGUUGAUCAACAUGGCCACAAGUCAUGCUAUGUGCUCAUAUCAGACAACAUGAAGCAAAUAUUUGUGUUACGAGAUGGCUCUAUUGUGAACCUACUGACAGCACCAGCUGUUGUAGUGGCUAUGUGUAAAGGUUCAUUUGUAAACAGCAAUAUAUUAGGUUACCCAGCACAACCCAAUGGUGACAUAGCCAGAGAUACUGACCCAUCAGAAAAUACACAAGUCCUCCUCGGCACUGAGAAUGGUGCAAUAUACUUCCUUCACAAUUUUACGAUAUCUGUCGAUGAAUAUGCCAGAGUAUCUCAGCCAAUACUCGACUUACAACCACUUCGCCUUCCAGAUUGUUCUUCAGAUUUGGUUCUAUGUUCAGGCUAUUAUAAUGCUAUCACAGUGUUUUUAGAAGGCAGGAAAAUCUGCCAAUACACCACACCUGACUGGGUGAGUACGAUGGAUAUAGCAGAUACUGAUGAAGAUGGCACUGAUGAGAUUAUCCUUGGAUGUAAAGACAAUACUAUUCAGAUUAUAAAAUUAUCUAUCAAGUGACCACUCACUUGAAAAUUCUAAUCAAUC